UUCGUGUGCGACGCGGCGCUCAGCACCGACAAAGAGCUGUCAAAAACAUCCUGCUAGAGAAGAUGGCUGGCUAACUAAGUUGUCCUGAAAUACAGUAUUACUCCCACCAGACCUUGGGCUUCUAAACAUCACAUAGAUAUUCCCUGUAUGUGUUUUCGGCAUCACUGUAACACAUUCAAGAGGAUCCAUGUCUUUUCUUCGUUGGGUUUCUGAGAAACUGAGUGUGGAGAGCCUGCGGGAUUUGGAGUUAUUUGGAGAGCAAGCUCAGGGACUCUCUCACAGGAAAGCCCAUGAGGACAGUCGGGAGAGUUUGACCUCCCUCCCCCGUCGAGACACUAUGGGCAGCUUCCUCCCUGACAGCAGCUCAUAUGAGCUCCUCACUGUUAUUGGUCGAGGCUUGGACGACUUGAUGACUGUGAAUCUCGCUCGAUACAGACCUACAGGGGAGCAUGUCGCCAUCCGACGGAUCGAUUUGGAGUCGUGUACUAAUGACAUGGUUACCUACCUGCAGGGCGAACUACAUGUGUCAAAGUUGUUUCACCACCCCAGUAUUCUACCCUACAAGAGUGUCUUUAUAGCUGAAAAUGAGCUGUGGGUCAUCACACCCUUCAUGGCUUAUGGGUCAGCGAGAGAUCUUAUCUGCACACAUUUUACAGACGGUAUGAGCGAGCUGACCAUCGCCUACAUUUUGCUCGGCAUGCUCAAAGCUCUCGACUACAUCCACCACAUGGGAUACGUGCACCGGAGUGUGAAGGCCAGCCACGUGUUGAUCUCUGCGGACGGACAGGUCUGCAUGUCGGGUCUGCGCAGCAUCUUCAGUCUGAUCCGACACGGCCAGAGAGCCAAAGUGGUCCACGACUUCCCCCAGUACAGCGUCAAGGUGCUGCCUUGGCUCAGCCCCGAAGUACUGCAACAGAAUCUGCAGGGCUACGACUCUCGAUCAGACAUCUACAGUCUCGGCAUCACAGCCUGUGAAUUGGCCAACGGACAUGUGCCCUUCAAAGACAUGCCAGCUACACAGAUGCUGCUGGAGAAGCUAAAUGGGACGGUACCAUGUUUGCUGGAUACUACCACUAUCCCCCCGGAGGAGCUGUCACUGAAGCCGUCCCGCUCUGGUGCCGACUCUGGGAUCUGUGAGGGUCCAGGACCUGGAGGGAUCCGACACUCUAACGGAGAGCCGUCCUCCUCGUCGGGAGGACAUCCAUACAACCGGACGUUCUCCCCGCACUUCCACGGCUUCGUUGAACUGUGUCUGCAGCGAGACCCGGAGAAAAGACCAUCUGCCACCACUCUCAUUGGUCAUCCCUUCUUCAAACAGAUUAAACGCCGACCCUCUGAGGCGCUGCCUGAGCUGCUGCGGCCUGUGUCGCCCAUCACCAGCUUCGAGAGCUCCCAGCAGCAGGACUCUCCCUCUGGACUGGCCAGCUUGGAGUCGGGUCUGAGCCACUUGGAGGUGGACGACUGGGACUUCUGACAGCGGAGGAUUCGGCGGGGAGACAGUUGUGGGAUGAGAAACUCUCUGAGCAGACAGGACAAGAGUCGUUUUUCUAAUGGUCCACUUGUAAAUAACACAAAUCUCAGACUAAAAGGAGUCGCUGCUCUCAGAGAGAGGUUAAAAGCCAGCAGCCAUCUUGCCUCUUUUUGAUGUCUCUCACAUGCUUAUGGUCUCUAGAUAGGCACAGACUCUUGCACUGCACUGAUGGUCUCUUUCUCACCAACACACACACACACCUCUGUUUACAGAUUGUACAUUACAAGCCCCCUGGAGCCAAAACACAACAAGACUCCUCUGUUCCUCUUGCUGCUACCGAGGUGUCAGAGGAGGGUCUUUGGAUGUAGACGCAGCCUAAAGAUUCUCAUGAAACAGAUCAGUGGGAAGCUGCUACUUAAUAUUCAGAGGGGACGCUCUACCUCUUGUGUGAUCGUGGCCGCUUGAUGUGGCCCAUCUGCUCGGUGAGACCACCAUAAGGGUGCACGACGGUCCUCACGGCUGACUCAGUUAGCCCUCUGCACCAGAUGGAAGGUCUAAUGUAGGGUCAACUUAACGAACAGCACGUACACACGUUUCUUAGCUCCCUGCCUGUGUUACAGCAUAAACCACAUCUCAUGCUUCAGGCCUCUCUUUUGUUGCACAGAGGUUGAAAUUAACACCUGUUAAUUUAACCUUCCAAGCAUAGAAGUAUGUAUUUCCUUGAACUUACUCUGGGUGUUCCUCAUGUUGAAAGUGAAUGUUUUACUGGUGCUCGUUUUGUCUGCAUGUACAUUUGAUAAAAGAGGGCAGAGCAAAGUGUUGACUUUCAAAUUAAACUUGGUUUGGUUUAAUGUUGAAACUUGAUGGCAUCACACAAAGAGGCUGUAAACCUUCAAAAAAUGUAUUUUAUUCAAAAUUUACACAGACAAACACAUAAGGGGAUGGACGGAGAGGUUCACAUGUUGCUAAUCUUCCUCGUCCGAUGGUGGCUGGUCUGUUGCGGCAUGAUGUUUCUCCAUCUUUGCCAUUAACUCUGAAAUAAAAGGGAAAAUGACCAAAAAAAAGUUAUUAAUGGGAAUCAUUCAGUUGCACUGAUGAAUUACUUAAAUGUGUUUUAGUUUCCCUUUUUUUUUUGGCUGAGCCUGCUUUGUGGAGGUACUUUAUUUUGUUUGUUUAUUUAAGUUUGGGAGCAUUGUUGUACCAUUUUAUGUUUAGAUCUUGUAAUGCUUUUCCCCUAAACCGGUACAGAUCUCUCCUGCUACUUCUUCAAAGUGUGUAUAUUCACUCAGAUUUACUUUUGCUGCACAAAUGUCCUCUGCUUCAAAUUGAGUGCGUUUCCUCGCAAAUAGGAUGCCUCUGUGCACUAACACAACUUCUAGAUAGAUACUUGAUCAAUCCUUUGUAGGAAAUUACUUAUUUUUUUUGGCAACUAUAAUCACAGUCAAGAGCCCACAUUUAACAUAAAACUCUUCUGACACAGUAACUGGGGUGGAAUCUGAAUAUUCGGAUCUCAAAAUACAUAUUCAGAUACCACCAUCACGACCGAAUACUCGGUUCCAGGCCUAAAGUAUGCUACAGACUUAUGUAUUGUGCCAAAUAUGUAAAAAUAAUAAUGAUGUAAGAUAGCAGAGCUUUUCGGGAAAUUAUUACCAAAUCUGAAUGUAAAAUAGAGAAAUUAUGCUCUCAAACUGAAAGAUCUUGCUUGAAUAAAGACAGGAAACUAGCUUUA